AUGCAAGAAGUUAUAGGUACAGCAAUUGCUUUUUCUUUGCUUUCUAAUGGAAGAAUUCCUCUAUUUGUUGGUGUUUUAAUCACAAUGGUUGACACCUUCACUUUUUUACUUAUUGACCGUUACGGGUUUCGAAAAUUGGAAUUUAUUUUUGCCCUUUUAAUUGCUACAAUGGCUAUAACUUUUGGAUUUGAGUUUUUUGUUGUAAAACCAGACAUUGUUGAUUUAAUUUCUGGCACUUUGCUCCCUUAUUGCCCCGAUUGUGGCAGAAAAGAAUUUUUACAAGCAAUAAGUGUUGUUGGAGCAGUUAUAAUGCCACAUAACCUUUAUUUGCAUUCCGCUCUAGUAAAAAGUCGUAAAAUUGAUAGAAGUCAACGCAGAAAUAUUUCAGAAGCAAAUCUUUACUAUUUUAUUGAAUGUGUAAUUGCUCUAACUUGCAGUUUCUUUAUAAAUCUUUUUGUUGUUUCUGUAUUUGCUCAUGGACUUUAUGGAAAAACGAAUGUUGAUAUUUUCAAAAGUUGCGAAGGUCAAAGCACAAUUCCCGACAGACAACUUUUUCCAAACAAUACAGACCCUGUAGAGGCUGAUAUUUACAAAGGAGGAAUUUUUCUGGGUUGUCAAUUUGGACUGACUGCUCUAUAUGUUUGGGGUGUUGGAAUUAUGGCUGCUGGUCAGAGUAGUACAAUGACAGGCACAUAUGCUGGUCAAUUCACCAUGGAAGGCUUUUUACAAAUCAAAUGGCCUCGUUGGAGGAGAGUUUUAUUUACCCGUUCAAUAGCAAUUGUGCCAACAUUAUCUCUUGCCUUAAAAACCCAAGGAGUGCAGAAUUUAACAGGGAUGAAUGACUUGUUAAAUUGUGUACAAAUGAUUCAACUACCUUUUGCUUUAUUACCAAUAAUUACAUUUACUGCACAUCGAAAAAUAAUGUUUGAUUUUUGUACAACAUUAACUGGACAAGUUUGA